AUGGGGUUCAGGCAAGUGUCUGCAGUGCUUCUUUUGGUCAUGGCUUUUGGCUGUGUUGUUAGUGAUGCUUGGGACUCCAGACGGUUUUAUCCGAGAUCGGGGUUUCUGCAUGACAAUCAAGUCCCAGCCCAGUUUGACUCUCAGAAGCCAGUGCAGGAAGAGCCUGUGGGAGAGGACCCUGUUGAGCCAGUGGGACAAGAACCUAGUGAGCCAGUGGGACAAGAACCUAGUGAGCCAGUGGGACAGGAACCUAGCGAGCCUGUUGUCGAGCCAGUGGGACAAGAACCUAGUGAGCCAGUGGGACAAGAACCUAGUGAGCCAGUGGGACAAGAACCUAGUGAGCCAGUGGGACAAGAACCUAGUGAGCCAGUGGGACAAGAACCUAGUGAGCCUGUGGGACAAGAACCUAGUGAGCCUGUGGGACAAGAACCUAGCGAGCCUGUUGUCAAGCCAGUGGGACAGGACCCUAGCGGCGAGCCAGUGGGACAGGACCCUAGCGGCGAGCCAGUGGGACAGGACCCUAGCGGCGAGCCAGUGGGACAGGACCCUAGCGGCGAGCCAGUGGGACAGGACCCUAGCGGCGAGCCAGUGGGACAGGAACCUAGCGGCGAGCCAGUGGGACAGGAACCUAGCGGCGAGCCAGUGGAACAGGAACCUAGCGGCGAGCCAGUGGGACAGGAACCUAGCCAGGAUGAGGACCCUGAGAGCUUCCAGUCCAAGCAGACCUUUGAGAACCCUCUGACUUGGCGCUAUCCUAAGGUUGAAAUGCAUGACCGCAAUUCUACUGUGUUUGAGAGUCUAAAACAAGUGGCGGCCAACAGUGUGGCAGCUCGGUGUGGGGAGAGUGUGGUCCGUGUGGAGGUGAAGCAGGAUCUUCUGGGGAUUGGCCGGCUCAUCCAGCCAGAGCGUAUCACUCUAGGAGGCUGUGCUGCCACUGAGGAGGACUCUGAAACUCAUGUGCUCACCUUUGAAUCAGAGCUGCAUGGCUGUGGCAGUGAGCUGACGGUAUGUUACGUUUGUUGGUUAACUUCCUGAAGAACGGGACUCAUUAUUCUAGUCUGAUACAUGAUUUGUGACUCUCUUCCUAGAUGACGGAGGGCGUGCUGAUCUACACCUUCACUCUUGUCUAUGAGCCAAAACCUCUUGCUAACACUUCUAUAGUGAAGACCAGUGCAGCUAUGGUUGAUAUUGAGUGCCACUACUUGAGGUAACUAUUGUUGCCUUCACUUUGACAACCCCUAUAAUUGAGGUUUGAGUAAUGCCAUAUUCUAUGUAUGUUUCCAGGAAUCACAAUGUGAGCAGCAAUGCCCUGAAGUCUGUUGGCGAGCCUUUAGGCCAGGGACCUAGCGAGCCUGUGGGCCAGGAGCCUAGCAAGCCUGUUGGCGAGCCUGUGGGCCAGGAACCUAGCAAGCCUGUUGACGAGCCUGUGGGCCAGGAGCCUAGCAAGCCUGUGGGCCAGGAACCUAGCAAGCCUGUUGGAGCGCCUGUGGGCCAGGAACCUAGCAAGCCUGUUGGAGCGCCUGUGGGCCAGGAACCUAGCAAGUCUGUUGACGAGCCUGUGGGCCAGGAACCUUGCGUGACUGUGGGCCCAGGACCUAGCAUGCCUGUGGCCCAGGAGCCUAGCAAGCAUGUUGGAGAGCCUGUAUGACAGGAACCUAGUAAGUCUGUUGGAGAGCCUGUGGGCCAGGAACCUAGUAAGUCUGUUGGAGAGCCUGUGGGCCAGGAACCUAGCAAGCCUGUUGGUGAGCCUGUGGGCCAGGAGCCUAGCAAGCCUGUUGGAGAGCCUGUGGGCCAGGGACCUAGCAAGCCUGUAGGCCAGGUGCCGAGCAAGCCUGUUGGAGAGCCUGUAGAACAGGAACCUAGCAAGCCUGUUGGCGUGACUGUGGGCCUGGAACCUAGCGUGACUGUGGGCCCGGGACCUAGCAAGCCUGUUGGCGUGACUGUGGGCCAGGUACUUUGCAAGCCUGUGGGACAGGAACCUAACCAGGCUUUAGAGUCUGAGAGCUCCCAAGUCCAAGCAGACCUCUGAGAAGCCUUUGACUUGGAGAUUUCCUUACGUUGAAAAGCCUGAGCGCAAGCCUACUGUAUUUGAGCGGCUGAAGCAGGUGGCUGCUAACAGUGUGGCGGCUUGGUGUGGGGAGAGUGUGGUCCGUGUGGAGGUGAAGCAGGACCUGCUGGGCAUUGGCCGGCUCAUCCAGCCAGAGCGUAUCACUCUAGGAGGCUGUGCUGCCACUGAGGAGGACGCUGACGCUCAUGUGCUCACCUUUGAAUCAGAGCUGCAUGGCUGUGGCAGUGAGCUGACGGUAUGUCACUUCUGCUGUUCAACUUCCUGAAGAAUGGGAAUCGUUAUUCUUGUCUCAGACAUAAUUUGUGAUCCUGUUCCUAGAUGACGGAGGAUGUGCUGAUCUACACCUUCACUCUUGUCCAUGAGCCAAAACCUCUUGCUAACACUUCUAUAGUGAAGACCAGUGCAGCUAUGGUUGAUAUUGAGUGCCACUACUUGAGGUAACUAUUGUUGCCAUUCUUCACUUUGACAACACCUAUAAUUCUGAGGUUUGAGUAAUGCCAUAUUCCAUGUUUUUUUUUUCUAGGAAUCACGAUGUGAGCAGCAAUGCCCUGAAGCCGACCUGGAUCCCCUACACCUCCAACAUGGUGGCGGAGGAGCUCCUCUACUUCUCCCUGAGGUUAAUGACUGGUGGGUAAACCUGACUGGAAGCCUCUUCCUCUGUGUAAACCACCACUAACAUGCUACUCGUCUUUCCAGCUGACUGGCAGUUUGAGAGGCCCUCCAACCAUUACUAUCUUGGUGACAUCAUCAACAUGGAAGCUUCGGUCAUGCCCUACCACCACGUUCCCCUCCGUGUCUUUGUGGACCGCUGUGUCGCCACCUUGGCGCCUGAUGUCAACACUGUCCCUAGAUACUCUUUCAUUGAGGACCAUGGGUGAGUUUAGUUGUCAGUUUGACACCUCUUAUGUGACCCCUGAAGCCUAACGUUGACCCUUGGUCUCCUCAGAUGUCUGGUUGAUGCCAAGCUGACCGGCUCCAGCUCCCAGUUCCUGUCCAGAUCCAAGGAUGACAAGAUCCAGUUUCAGCUGGAGUCCUUCAGGUUCCAACCACAGAAUGAUUCCCAACAGCUCUACAUAACAUGUCAUCUGAAAGCAACUGCAGCCUCUUCCCCCAUUGAUGCUGAGAACAAGGCCUGCUCCUUCACAGAUGGGUAUGUAAGCUGAGUUGUGGGAAUAUUACGUUUAUAUGCUGCUAUAUGAACUAACCUUCAUAUUUAUCUGUAGGUGGAAGGCUGCAGGUGGGGAUGACGAGGUUUGUGGCUGCUGUGACUCCAGCUGUGCUGCGAGCAAGGCUAGAGAUCUGGACAGUAAUUCAGGUAGGUGUCAAUCAGAGCUUUAUCUUCAUCACACAGUUUUAUCUUAUCACUGUUCUCUACUCUCCUCAGAUGUGCAGAAGGAAGGUGACGCUACCAUGGGCCCUAUCAUCGUCCAAGAGUAAUCUUGCUUUUUUAAACUUUUUUUGGGAGAAUAAACAAAUUACAAUGUUCACAUCUGACUGGAUUUAUUUAGAAUGGGGUUUAUUCAGGAACGCAAUCAACCAUUCAAAUCGGAAAAUGAUGUGUACAGCUGAUCACUCUUUAUCCACAGAACUUUGUCAUGAGCUACAUUUCUCAGGUAUUAAAAUUGCUACCAUACUGAAUUGUUACCCUGGGCCCCAUACAUUUCCAGGAGUGGUUUGACUUUUGGAAAAUCAACAUUUGAAUGUGAUUUUGUUUCUUCUAUUUGGAUUCAAGUGAGGGGAAGAGAUCCACCAUUUUGGGUUUCACCUGUCCAAUAUGUCAGAUUAGGAAGGAGGCAUUCUUUAAUGAACAGGCCUUGGAACCAUCGCAGCUAUAACAGAAGCUCGGGGUGGACAAGAGACAUGAUGGGUAGUGUUGUGAAAUGGCCUGAGCAUCAAUAUUAGUGUAAAUGUACUACGAAGUCUAUGCAUAUUCACUAGGUCUGUAAACAGACAUUGUCAUCAACUGAUGGAUGGACACUUUCAGAGCAAAGUAGCUCGUGAAAAAUGUGGGAAUCUCCCUGGGGUAGCUGUACGGACCUGAAUUUUGAAAACCUACAAUCCAGCUGCAGUGAAGCCGCUCAACAUUUACAUUACAAUUCCAGUCAUUUAACAGACGCUCCCAUCCAGAGCAACCCACUGGAGCAAUCAGGGUCAAGCUCCCGCCCGGCUUGUUAGUAGAAACGAUUUAUUGUGCAUUGGGGAAAAUAAGCUACAGCUAGCACUAAAGUUAGCGUUCCUCAACUCUCUGACAGUCAAUUACCUCGCAAGUUCAUCUGAAGAGAAAUAUCGUAAGGGGGAAAUUACUUAUAUAUAGCUGACUUUGCUAUUGAAUGACUACUAAAUGAACGACUGACUUACCUUUCCAAGAAAUUGUCGUUCUCACUUUCUCGAUUAAUUUGAAAUGCCUUAGAUUUCAGGCGGUUGACAACACCCCUCAUUGAAUAUUCAAAGGAAGUUCAAAUAAGGGUAUGUAUCCAAAAGGAGGAAUAGGCGACGCUUGACAGCUCGCCGUUCCGAAUUUGUGGGCAACAAUCCCCAUUGUUAGGGCGGAGACAAGACCAUCUCAUCAUUAUAUAGAGUAUCUCUGGUAAUAGUGAGAAAGUUGUAAGAACAAAAUGGUACCGACGCACUUUGCCACUAGCCAGUGACUUGAUAAGCUUAUUUAACUAACGUGGCCUGCCUGCCCUGGGACUAAACUCCUCCCUCUGCAACUGGAACCUAGACUUCCUGACGGGCCGCCCCCAGGUGGUGAGGGUAGACAACGCAUCCGCCACGGGGGCCCCUCAAGGGUGCGUGCUUAGUCCCCUCCUGCACUCCCUGUUCACCCACGACUCCAACACCAUUAAGUUUGCCGACGGUGGUAGGCCUGAUCACCGACGACGAUGAGACAGCCUAUAGGGAGAAGGUCAGAGACCUAGCAGUGUGGUGCCAGGACAACAUCCUCUCCCUCAACGUCAGUAAAACAAUGGCGCUGAUUGUGGACUACAGGAAACAGAAGGCCGUGCACGCCCCAUUCACAUCGAUGGGGCUGUAGCGGAGCGGGUCGAGAGCUUCAAGUUCCUCAGUGUCCACAUCACUAAGGAUCUAUCAUGGUCCAAACACACCACACAGUUGUGAAGAAAACGCCUCUUCCCACUCAGGAGGAUGAAAAGAUUUGGCAUGGGCCCUCAGAUUCUGGUAAAUGUCUACAGCUGCACCAUCGAGAGCAUCUGGACUGGCUGCUUCACCGCUUGAUAUGGCAACUGCUUGGCAUCUGACCGCAAGGAGCUACAGAGGGUAGUGCGUAUGACCCAGUACAUCACUGGGGUCGAGCUCCCUGCCAUCCAGAACCUCUAUACUAGGCGGUGUCAAAGGCCAGAAAAUUGUCAAAGACUCCAGCCACCCAAGCCACAGACUGUUCUCUCUGUUACCGCACGGCAAGUGGUACCAAGUCUGAAACCAGCAGGACCAUGAACAGUUUCUACAUCCAAGCCAUAAGACUUCUAAACAAGACUGCUAAAUAGCUAAUCAAAUGGCUACACGGACUACCUGCAUUGACCCUUUUAUUGCACUAACCCACUAUGCACACACACUGGACUCUACCCACACAUACUUACACCCCAACACACACACACAUUAUAUGCACACACAUGCAUACUGACGCCACACACGCUACUGUCUAUCUAUCCUGUUGCCUAGUUACUUUACCCCUACCUAUAUGUACAGCACAUAGCUACCUCAAUUAACUUGUACCCAUGCACAUCGACUCGGUACUGGUACUCCCUGUAUGUAGCCAUGUUAUUUUCUACUCCCUAUAUAUAGCCAUGUUAUUUUUACUCGUUAUUUUUGUUAUUCACUGUGUAUUUAUUCUUGUGUCACUAUUUCUAUUUCUUAACUCUGCAUUAUUGGAAAUGGACCUGUAAGUAAUAAUUUCACUGUUGUCUGUGAAUCAUACGACAAAUACAAUUAGAUUUUUUUUGUUGCUAUUAGCUAGCUUAAUUUACAAACCCAGAGAUGGAACUUAGCUAGCUAGUGAUAAACCGAGUGUAGCUUGUGCUUUAUUUCCAAUAGUUUGACAGCUUGCUGAUGAAGUUGUAGACAUGUUCUCAGAAAUCAGUCCUGCGCAGCAGCAGCUGACUCAAUACUGUCUGCAGUGUGCUACUAGAUUUCAGGCACAUUUUUUUACUUGAGAAAUACUGCACCAAACACCUUGACUAGAUGUAAAAUUGCGUGACUAAGACCUCCUUGGCAAAAACAUCCAAAUUACAGAUUUCUUGAUUUUUAAGAUUAACUGACUAUUGAGGGUGAUCUUCUGCUACCGUGACUCGAGGGACAAACAACAACUGCCAGUGUAUGAUAUACCGAACAUAACACCCCGAAGACACAAAUCCGUUUUUUAAAUUAGCAGCAGAAAAAUAUAUGCGUAAUUGGUGAGUUCAGCCGCUCUUGAAAGUGCACGGUCGCGUUCCCCUGCUCAGACUUUGCAUGCAUCAACCUAUGGUUGCAUGCCAAGUCAUCAAUUGUGCAGUCGGGACCAGGUUGCUAUAACACACAUGUGUUCCACGGAGGGCUGAGUGUCUGCGGGUUUUUGCUCCUCCCUUGUACUUGAUUGAUGAAUUAAGGAAACUGAUUAGUAAGGAACUACCCUCACAUGGUUGUCUAGAUCUUAAUGGAAAGGAAAAACCAGCAGACACAAGGCCCUCCAUGGAAUGAGUUUGACACACCUGCUAUAACAUAUGACGUGGUUAGCGGAUACGUAACCUAUCAAAGAUUUGGCAUGGGUCAGCAGCGACUGGGCAGUUAUUCUUCUUCUGUGGGGUUUAGGUUCCGUUACCGCUCCCAACUGAAAUAUAUUAUAGAUCCGUUACAUUUUGUGAUUUUUUUAUUUAUAUAUUUUUUCACCUUUAUUUAACCAGGUAAGCCAGUUGAGAACAAGUUCUCAUUUACAACUGCGACCUGGCCAAGAUAAAGCAAAACAGUGCGAUGAAAACAACAACACAGAGUUACAUAUGGGGUAAACAAAACAUAAAGUCAAAAAUACAACAGAAAAUAUAUAUACAGUGUGUGCGAAUGUAGUAAAUUAUGGAGGUAAGGCAAUAAAUAGGCAUAGUGCAAAAGAGUUACAAUUUCGUAUUAACACUGGAAUGAUAGAUGUGCAAAAGAUGAUGUGCAAAUAGAGAUACUGGGGUGCGAAUUAGCAAAAUAAAUAACAAUAUGGGGAUGAGGUAGUUGGGUGGGCUAAUUUCAGAAUGGCUGUGUACAGGUGCAGUGAUCGGUAAGCUGCUCUGACAACUGAUGCUUAAAGUUAGUGAGGGAGCUAAGAGUCUCCAGCUUCAGAGAUUUUUGCAGUUCGUUCCAGUCAUUGGCAGCAGAGAACUGGAAGGAAUGGCGGCCAAAGGAGGUGUUGGCUUUGGGGAUGACCAAUGAGAUAUACCUGCUGGAGCGUAUCCUACGGGUGGGUGUUGCUAUGGUGACCAAUGAGCUAAAAUAAGGCAGGGAUUUGCCUAGAAGUGAUUUAUAGAUGACCUGGAGCCAGUGGGUUUGGCGACGAAUAUGUAGUGAGGGCCAGCCAACGAGAGAGUACAGGUCACAAUGGUGGGUAGUAUAUGGGGCUUUGGUGACAAAGCAGAUGGCACUGUGAUAGACUAUGUAGUAUCUGAGGUUUUCAUAUUGUUGGUUAGAUGAACUUUACUCUGCUUUGCUGAAACAUCUGGAAAGUGUUACUAUAGGGCCCCCCUAAAACAGUGGAGAUUUGGAUAUGUGGAGGCCAGGGAUUGGUCUAUUCAAAUCACGCCAUCUUAUGUUACAUAAAGCAUAGAAUAUAUAUACCAUGUUUUAACAAAAGGACAAGGAGAGCGAUCAUAUUUGGGAUUGGUUUCGUUGCUCUCCAGAUUCUGCAGAGUCUGUAAAUUGAUGCUGAAAUCUUUUAUAUAAUAAACCUUUGUAAUCAAAGUACAGUGUCAGCGGAUUUCUUAUCAACACAUCAUCGCAGCAUCGUUGUUCGGACACCACAACUACAUCCAAUUUGCUUAGUAGAGUGUUGGAGGCUAGGAUCGGUAGGAUAGUCCGUUUUACGAGGGCAUGUUUGGCAGCAUGAGUGAAGGAGGCUUUGUUGCGAAAUAGGAAGCCGUUCCUAGAUCUAACUUUGGAUUGGAGAUGCUUAAUGUGAGUCUGGAAGGAGAGUUUACAGUCUAAACCAGACACCUAGGUAUUUGUAGUUGUCCACAUACUCUAAGUCAGACCCACCGAGAGUAGUGAUUCUAGUCGGAGGGGGCGGGUGCAAGCAGCAUUUUGGUUGAAGAGCAUGCAUUUAGUUUUACUAGUGUUUAAGAGCAGUUGGAUGCUACGGAAGGAGUGUUGUAUGGCGUUGAAGCUCGUUUGGAGGUUUGUUAACACAGUGUCCAAUGAAGGGCCAGAUGUAUACAAAAUGGUGUCGUCCGCAUAGAGGUGGAUCCGAGCGUCACCAGCAGCAAGAGCGACAUCAUUGAUAUACACAGAGAAUAGAAUCGGCCCGAGAAUUGAACCCUGUGGCACCACCAUAGAGACGGCCAGAGGUCCAGACAACAGGCCCUCCGAUUUGACACAUUGAACUCUAUCUGAGAAGUAGUUGGUGAACCAGGCGAGGCAGUCAUUAGAGAAACCAAGGCUAUUUAGUCUGCCAAUAAGAAUCCGGUGGUUGACAGAGUCGAAAGCCUUGGCCAGGUCGAUGAAGAUGGCUGCGCAGUACUGUCUUUUAUCGAUCACGGUUAUAAUAUCGUAUAGGACCUUGAGCGUGGCUGAGGUGAACCCAUGACCAGCUCGGAAACCGGAUUGCAUAGCGGAGAAGGUACGGUGGGAUUCGAAAUGGUCGGUGAUCUGUUUGUUAACUUGGCAUUCAAAUACUUUCGAAAGGCAGGGCAGGAUGGAUAUAGGUCUGUAACAGUUUGGAUCUAGAGUGUCACCCCUUUUGAAGAUGGGGAUGACCGUGGCAGCUUUCCAAUCUCUGGGGAUCUCAGACGUUACGAAAGAGAGGUUGAACAGGCUAGUAAUAGGGGUAGCGACAAUUUCGACGGCUAAUUUUAGAAAGAAAGGGUCCAGAUUGUCUAGCCUAGCUGAUUUGUAGGGGUCCAUAUUUUUCACCUCUUUCAGAACAUAAGCUUUCUGAAUUUGUGUGAAGGAGAAGCGGGGGGGGGGGCAUGGGCAAGUUGCAGCGGAGGGUGCAGAGCUGGUGGCCGGGGUAGUGGUAGCCAGGUGGAAAGCAUGGCCAGCCGUAGCAAAAUGCUUGUUGAAAUUCUCAAUUAUUGUAGAUUUAUCGGUGGUGACAGUGUUUCCUAGCCUCAGUGCAGUGGGCAGUUGGGAGGAGGUGCUCUUAUUUUCCAUGGACUUCACAGUGUCCCAAAACUACAGGAAAUGAUGUAUAUAUAUAUACAUAUAAAUACACACACACACUUUUUAUUACCCUACCAACUAACCCUAUACUCAUUAAAACCCAUCACUUUAUUCCACUACGUUCAUCCUGUCUGAUCCUACCCCAGGCCAACGGCCUGAGAGUACACAUAACACACGCUGUAACUCUUCUGAAGUCAAAUCUCUGCUACUGCCACCACAACAUCUAUUUUCUGUGAUUUACGUUCCAGUUCUGCAGUACAGUUGAUAACCAUUGCUAUGAACACUAAAAAGCCAACCUUACUCAAGCAUAUAUUCUCGCCCCUGGUGCAACACAAGGCGUGUGGUUAAAUUACAAUCAACUUCAUUAUUGUGAGCACCUGUGUGAUCCUAUAGCAAUAUAAUAUAUAGAGCUCACAUUAUUACAGAAAAGUCUUCUUCUUCCUCCAUGAUAUAAUGGUGGUCCGCAAACAGAUGUUAAAGGUGCAUGCCGCCACCUACUGUGCUGGAGUUUGUGGUCAAUCACGGUUUACAACAAUAGCUCCACAUUUCUAAGUCCUCCUACCUAACUCAGUAUAACAACACAUGCUCCACCGUUUCAUCGACCAUACAUUCCAGACACAAACCAUUGCCAACCAGAUGUGAUGACGAGUUCAAUGUACAAUGUCCUAGGCGCAAUUGAGCAAACACCACCUCAUCCUUCCUAAUCUGAUAUUUGGAUAUUGGUCCGCCAACCUUUCUUUGGAGGGCAUAUAAAUGCCGGCCCUUGGGCUCAGAGUCCCAUCUCUUCUGCCACACAUACAUCAAAAUGGCUCUGAUCUUACAUUUGGCCUCACCUCUACCCAUUGGAACAUUAAUAUCAAUUAUAUCUCGUUUUAAAGCUCUUUUGGCUAACUGGUCUACAAUUUCAUUCCCUUCCACAACCAAAUAGGCUGGGACCCAGUAGAACCACAACACUGCACACUGUCUCUCAAUUCUCCAUAAUAAUAUUAAUACCUCCAAUAGUAUAUCACUCCUAUUAGAUUAGCCAGAUGAUAAACUAUUCAAUACAGACAGGGAAUCUGAACAUACUAUAAUUCUGACAGGUUGUACGUCCUCCACCCACUGGAGGGCAACUGCUAUCGCCAACAGUUCAGCUGUUAGUCUUCUACAUAUCUGCACAUCAAAUUCAGGAACGUAAACGCCUGCUAGCUGUGCGCCCACUAUCUGAGUCCUUGGAUCCAUCUGUGAAAAUGCAUAAAAACUUCUACCAAUUUUAUUGUCAACCAGUUUCUGACCAAUCUUUAUUUUUCUCUACCAAGGUUAGAUCAACAACAGGAUCUGGGAGUAACAUCCACUAUAGAAAAGUAUGACUGUUCUACAUAACACAUUUCUAUCAACGCUCUCUAAAGUUGAGGCCUCCUCAAUAAAGCUCCAGGUGUACGUGAUUUUGCCUGCACAAAGGCAACCAAUGGUACGUAAAUGACAAUCAACUUCACAUUCCUCAGCACCUGUAUAAUUAAUCAGGUCUGGACAAUAAUCAAGCUGAUUGCUGAAGGGGUGGGGUCUAUGUCAGACAUUGUGGCUAUAAAAUGGUUUGACAGACUCUGUGAACGUAUUGACAAGAAUAACUAAUAUCUAAUUGCAGUGAUGGGGUUCAGGCAAGUGUCUGCAGUGCUUCUUUUGGUCAUGGCUUUUGGCUGUGUUGUUAGUGAUGCUUGGGACUCCAGAUGGUUUUAUCCGAGAUCGGGGUUUCUGCAUGACGAUCAAGUCCCAGCCCAGUUUGACUCUCAGAAGCCAGUGCAGGAAGAGCCUGUGGGAGAAGACCCUGUUGAGCCUGUGGGAGAAGACCCUGUUGAGCCAGUGGGAGAAGACCCUAGUGAGCCAGUGGGACAAGAACCUAGUGAGCCAGUGGGACAAGAACCUAGUGAUCCUGUUGUCGAGCCAGUGGGACAGGAACCUAGCGGCGAGCCAGUGGGACAGGAACCUAGCCAGGAUGAGGACCCUGAAGGCUUCCAGUCCAAGCAGACCUUUGAGAACCUUCUGACUUGGCGCUAUCCUAAGGUUGAAAUGCAUGACCGCAAAUCUACUGUGUUUGAGAGUCUAAAACAAGUGGCGGCCAACAGUGUGGUAGCUCGGUGUGGGGAGAGCGUGGUCCGUGUGGAGGUGAAGCAGGAUCUUCUGGGGAUUGGCCGGCUCAUCCAGCCAGAGCGUAUCACUUUAGGAGGCUGUGCUGCCACUAAGGAGGACUCUGAAACUCAUGUGCUCACCUUUGAAUCAGAGCUGCAUGGCUGUGGCAGUGAGCUGACGGUAUGUUACGUUGGUUAACUUCCUGAAGAAUGGGACUCAUUAUUCUAGUCUGAUACAUGAUUUGUGACUCUCUUCCUAGAUGACGGAGGGCGUGCUGAUCUACACCUUCACUCUUGUCUAUGAGCCAAAACCUCUUGCUAACACUUCUAUAGUGAAGCCCAGUGCAGCUAUGGUUGAUAUUGAGUGCCACUACUUGAGGUAACUUGUUGCCUUUCUUCACUUUGACAACACCUAUAAUUCUGAUGUUUGAGUAAUGCCAUAUUCCAUGUAUGUUUCUAGGAAACACGAUGUGAGCAACAAUGCCCUGAAGUCUGGAGAGCCUGUGGGACAAGAACCUAGCAAGCCUGUGGGACAGGAACCUAGCCAGGUUGUUGUGGGCCUGGAACCUAGCAAGCCUGUUGGAGAGCCUGUGGGCCAGGAACCUAGCAAGCCUGUAGGCCAGGGAACUAGCAAGCCUGUUGGCGGAACUGCUGUGGGCCAGGAACCAAGCAAGCCUGUGGGCCGGAACUAGCAAGCUGUUGGAGAGCCUGUGGGCAGGACCUAGCAAGCAUGUGGGCCAGAGCCUGGAACGUGGGAGUGACAAGAAGCCUACAGGCCAGGAACCUAGCAAGCCUGUUGGAGAGCCUGUGGGCCAUGGACCUAGCGAGCCUGUGGGCCAGGAGCCUAGCAAGCCUGUUGGCGUGACUGUGUACCCAGAACCUAGUAAGCCUAAGUUGUUGAUGAGUGGCCCGAACUAGUGAGUGCCAGGAGCCUAGCAAGCCUGUUGGCAUUGCUGAGCAGCCGGUUGGCGUGACUGUGGCAGGAACCUAGCAAGCCUGUUGAGAGCCUGUAGCACAGGAACCUAGCAAGCCUGUUGGCAUGACGUGGGCCCGGAACCUAGCAAGCCUGUAGGCCAGGGAACUAGCAAGCCUGUUGGCGUGACUGUGGGCCAGGAGCCUAGCAAGCCUGUUGGAGAGCCUGUAGCACAGGAACCUAGCAAGCCUGUUGGCGUGACUGUGGGCCUGGAACCUAGCAAGUCUGUAGGCCAGGGAACUAGCAAGCCUGUUGGCAUGACUGUGGGCCCGGAACCUAGCGUGACUGUGGGCCAGGAGCCUAGCAAGCCUGUUGGAGAGCCUGUAGGCCAGGAACCUAGCAAGCCUGUAGGCCAGGGAACUAGCAAGCCUUUUUGGAGAGAUUGGGCCAGGGAAACCCACGUGCCUGUGGCCAGGAGCCUAGCAAGCCUGUUGGCGUGACUGUGGGCCAGGAACCUAGCAAGCCUGUUGGAGAGCCUGUAGCACAGGAACCUAGCAAGCCUGUUGGCGUGACUGUGGCCAGGACCUGGUGUGAAAUGUGGGGCCCGGAGCCUAGCAAGCCUGUAGGCAGGAACUGCAACCUGCUUUGGCGUGAACUGUGGGCCAGGGAAACCCGGCGUACUGUGGGGAAAUAGGCAAGUGACUGUGGGCCCAGGAACCUGGCGUGACUGUGGCCCAGGAGCCCUAGCAAGCCUGUUGGGUGUGACUGUGGCCUGGAACCUAGCAAGCCUGUAGGCCAGGGAACUAGCAAGCCUGUUGGCAUGACUGUGGGCCAGGAACCUGGCGUGACUGUGGGCCAGGAGCCUAGCAAGCCUGUAGGCCAGGGAACUAGCAAGCCUGCUGGCGUGACUGUGGGCCAGGAACCUGGCGUGACUCUGGGCCAGGAGCCUAGCAAGCCUGUUGGUGUGACUGUGGGCCUGGAACCUAGCAAGCCUGUAGGCCAGGGAACUAGCAAGCCUGUUGGCAUGACUGUGGGCCAGGAACCUAGCAUGCCUGUGUGCCAGGAACCUAGCAUGCCUGUGGGCCAGGAGCCUAGCAAGCCUGUUGGAGAGCCUGUGGGCCAGGAGCCUAGAAAGCCUGUUGGAGAGCCUGUGGGCCAGGAGCCUAGCAAGCCUGUUGGAGAGCCUGUUGGCCAGGAACCUAGAAAGCCUGUUGGAGAGCCUGUAGAACAGGAACCAAGCAAGCCUGUUGGCGUGCCUGUGGGACAGGAACCUAGCAAGCCUGUGGGCCAGGUACUUUGCAAGCCUGUGGGACAGGAACCUAACCAGGCUUUAGAGUUUGAGAGCUCCCAGUCCAAGCAGACCUCUGAGAACCCUUUGACUUGGAGAUUUCCUUACGUUGAAAAGCCUGAGCGCAAGCCUACUGUAUUUGAGGGGCUGAAGCAGGUGGCUGCUACCAGUGUGGCGGCUUGGUGUGGGGAGAGUGUGGUCCGUGUGGAGGUGAAGCAGGACCUGCUGGGCAUUGGCCGGCUCAUCCAGCCAGAGCGUAUCACUCUAGGAGGCUGUGCUGCCACUGAGGAGGACGCUGACGCUCAUGUGCUCACCUUUGAAUCAGAGCUGCAUGGCUGUGGCAGUGAGCUGACGGUAUGUCACUUCUGCUGUUCAACUUCCUGAAGAAUGGGAAUCGUUAUUCUUGUCUCAGACAUAAUUUGUGAUCCUGUUCCUAGAUGACGGAGGAUGUGCUGAUCUACACCUUCACUCUUGUCCAUGAGCCAAAACCUCUUGCUAACACUUCUAUAGUGAAGACCAGUGCAGCUAUGGUUGAUAUUGAGUGCCACUACUUGAGGUAACUAUUGUUGCCAUUCUUCACUUUGACAACACCUAUAAUUCUGAGGUUUGAGUAAUGCCAUAUUCCAUGUUUUUUUUUCUAGGAAUCACGAUGUGAGCAGCAAUGCCCUGAAGCCGACCUGGAUCCCCUACACCUCCAACAUGGUGGCGGAGGAGCUCCUCUACUUCUCCCUGAGGUUAAUGACUGGUGGGUAAACCUGACUGGAAGCCUCUUCCUCUGUGUAAACCACCACUAACAUGCUACUUGUCUUUCCAGCUGACUGGCAGUUUGAGAGGCCCUCCAACCAUUACUAUCUUGGUGACGUCAUCAACAUGGAAGCUUCGGUCAUGCCCUACCACCACGUUCCCCUCCGUAUCUUUGUGGACCGCUGUGUCGCCACCUUGGCGCCUGAUGUCAACACUGUCCCUAGAUACUCUUUCAUUGAGGACCAUGGGUGAGUUUAGUUGUCAGUUUGACACCUCUUAUGUUACCAUAAAUGUGACCCCUGAAGCCUAACGUUGACCCUUGGUCUCCUCAGAUGUCUGGUUGACGCCAAGCUGACCGGCUCCAGCUCCCAGUUCCUGUCCAGAUCGAAGGAUGACAAGAUCCAGUUUCAGCUGGUGUCCUUCAGGUUCCAACCACAGAAUUAUUCCCAACAGCUCUACAUAACAUGUCAUCUGAAAGCAACUGCAGCCUCUUCCCCCAUUGAUGCUGAGAACAAGGCCUGCUCCUUCACAGAUGGGUAUGUAAGCUGAGUUGUGGGAAUAUUACGUUUAUGACAUGCUGCUAUAUGAACUAACCUUCAUAUUUAUCUGUAGGUGGAAGGCUGCAGAUGGGGAUGACGAGGUUUGUGGCUGCUGUGACUCCAGCUGUGCUGCGAGCAAGGCUAGAGAUCUGGACAGUAAUUCAGGUAAGUGUCAAUCAAAGCCAGAGCUUUAUCUUCAUCACAGUUUUAUCUUAUCACUGUUCUCUACUCUCCUCAGAUGGGCAGAAGGAAGGUGAUGCUACCAUGGGCCCUAUCAUAGUCCAAGAGUAAUCUUGCUUUUUUAAACUUUUUUUGGGAGAAUAAGCAUAUUACAUUAAAAUGUUCACAUCUGACUGGAUUUAUUUAGAAUGUAAUAUUCAAUGUCUGCUGGGGUUAAUUCAGGAAUGCAGUGAUAUCAACCAUUCAAUUAGGAAAAUUAUGUGUUCAGCUGAUCACUAUUCACAGGACAUUGCCAUGAGCUACAUUUCUCAGGUAUUCUUGACAUUGCUACCAUACUGAAUUCUUACCCCAGGCCCCAUCAAUUUCCAGGAGUGAUUUGUCAAUAUAGUAGAUUUUUUGGGAAAUAAACAUUUGAAAGUGAUUUUUGUUUCAUUUGGAUUCAAGUGAGGGCAAGAUCCACCAUUUUGGGUUUCACCAGUCCAAUGUGUCAGAUUAGGAAGGAGGCAUUUUUAAAUGUCUAAACGGGCCUUGGAACCAUCACAUCUGUAACAGAAGAUCGGGGAGUACAUGAGAAUGAGUGUCGAACAUCUGAACCCUCACAUCUAAUCACCAGUAACGAACCUGAACACAGGAACUGCCUUUACUAUUCUGAUGCUUGUCCAUUUGACUUCCUGUAUUUGUAAGAUGGAUGAUUCAACAGCCCUCUUCUGUUUUUGCUUUUAUAAUGGCUGAAGUUCAAUUUCCUCUUGACACUUGUGUAAGGAACUGCAACUGUCGCGGCCAACCUCAUAGUUGCGCUGGUGGUGACCGCAACAUCUCUUACACACCUUGGGUGUAUUCAUUCUGUUGCAGAAUGCUUAAGUCCAUCCCAUUUAAGAAACAUUCAGCAAAUAGUGUUUACAAAAAUUUAAGUCCCUCCCAUUAUCUGAAUUUGUCCAAUAAAUACUUUAGUUUCAGAACGUUUGGCAGCUGUUUAGAUGAAUGACUACACCCUCUUGUAUCAAGCGUCUCUGUAAGCGUGUUAACUUUUAGGAUAAUUUGUCUUGGAUCUCAAUUUUACAUGGACGGAGGGACCUGAUCCUAGAUCUUCACACCACACUGGGUGGGACCUACCGGAUUUGUCCAAUAGAAACUAGCUUUUCGUUGACCAAGGGCUUGCGUUCAGUACAACAACGUACUGCAAAGUUCAAUUAAACAGUGCUGUUCUGAACGACCAGUUAACUGGGAGGGGUUGUGGGUUAGGGAACACUCUGCUGCUCUUUAAAUACAUUACUAAUUUAAGUUACACCCACCAAACUGAGCAAACGUACCUCAGUCUGUUCAUGAACAUUGAACGUUUGUGAAACUUGUCCUUCAGUACAAACGUUUAAUCGAACUGAACACACCCCAGCACUCACUCUGGAUACAUACAGGCGUUGAGCUUAGUUGGGAUAAGAGGCCUAGGGUUGGAGUAUCCUAUUAUGUCAAUCAAACAAAUGGAUGUCAGGACUAUAUGUAAUGGAACAAAUGAGGCAAAUUACUGACUUUUCAGAAUUUAUAUUUUCUAAUUUUAGAAAGAAAGGGUAAUUUCUUUUUAACUUUAACUUUAACUCUUUUAAAUUUUAGAAAGAAAGGGUCCAGAUUGUCUAGCCUAGCUGAUUUGUAGGGGUCCAUAUUUUUCACCUCUUUCAGAACAUAAGCUGUCUGAAUUUGUGUGAAAGAGAAGCGGGGGGGGCAUGGGCAAGUUGCAGCGGAGGAUGCAGAGCUGGUGGCCGGGGUAGUGGUAGCCAGGUGGAAAACAUGGCCAGCCGUAGCAAAAUGCUUGUUGAAAUUCUCAAUUAUUGUAGAUUUAUCGGUGGUGACAGUGUUUCCUAGCCUCAGUGCAGUGGGCAGUUGGGAGGAGGUGCUCUUAUUUUCCAUGGACUUCAGUGUCCCAAAACUACAGGAAAUGAUGUAUAUAUAUAUAUAUAUAUAUAUAUAAAAAUACACACACACACACUUUUUAUUACCCUACCAACUAACCCUAUACUCAUUAAAACCCAUCACUUUAUUCCACUACGUUCAUCCUGUCUGAUCCUACUCCAGGCCAACGACCUGAGAGGACAGGACACUAUCACAUAACACACACUGUAACUCUUCUGAAGUCAAAUCUCUGCUACUGCCACCACAACAUCUAUUUUCUGUGAUUUACGUUCCAGUUCUGCAGUACAGUUGAUAACCAUUGCUAUGAACACUAAAAAGCCAACCUUACUCAAGCAUAUAUUCUCGCCCCUGGUGCAACACAAGGCGUGUGGUUAAAUUACAAUCAACUUCAUUAUCGUGAGCACCUGUGUGAUCCUAUAGCAAUAUAAUAUAUAGAGCUCACAUUAUUACAGAAAAUAAAGUAUUCUUCUUCCUCCAUGAUAUAAUGGUGGUCCGCAAACAGAUGUUAAAGGUGCAUGCCGCCAACUACUGUGCUGGAGUUUGUGGUCAAUCACGGUUUACAACAAUAGCUCCACAUUUCUAAGUCCUCCUACCUAACUCAGUACUUCUGAGAAAAUGAAAAAAGCCCUACUAACUUCUAAUAGACCCUCCCCAUUUCCAAAAUCCCUUCCAACCCCCCCCCCCACCCCCCCAACCACAUCCAACCUCAAUGACCCUACACUUCAAACUUUCCCUCUCUUCAACAUACUUACAACAAUAUAACAACACAUGCUCCACCGUUUCAUCGACCAUACAUUCCAGACACAAACCAUUGCCAACCAGAUGUGAUGACGACUUCAAUGUACAAUGUCCUAGGCGCAAUUGAGCAAACACCACCUCAUCCUUCCUAAUCUGACCUUUGGAUAUUGGUCCGCCAACCUUUAUUUGGAGGGCAUAUAAAUGCCGGCCCUCGGGCUCAGAGUCCCAUCUCUUCUGCCACACAUCCAUCAAAAUGGCUCAGAUCUUACAUUUGGCCUCACCUCUACCCAGUGGAACAUUAAUAUCAAUUAUAUCUCGUUUUAAAGCUCUUUUGGCUAACUGGUCUACAAUUUCAUUCCCUUCCACAACCAAAUAGGCUGGGACCCAGUAGAACCUCAACACUGCACCCUGUCUCUCAAUUCUCCAUAAUAAUAUUAAUACCUCCAAUAGUAUAUCACUCCUAUUAGAUUAGCCAGAUGAUAAACUAUUCAAUAUAGACAGGGAAUCUGAACAUACUAUAAUUCUGACAGGUUGUACGUCCUCCACCCACUGGAGGGCAACUGCUAUCGCCAACAGUUCAGCUGUUAGUCUUCUACAUAUCUGCACAUCAAAUUCAGGAACAUAAACGCCUGCUAGCUGUGCGCCCACUAUCUGAGUCCUUGGAUCCAUCUGUGAAAAUGCAUAAAAACUUCUACCAAUGUUAUUGUCAACCAGUUUCUGACCAAUCUUUCUUUUUCUCUACCAAGGUUAGAUCAACAACAGGAUCUGGGAGUAACAUCCACUAUAGAAAAGUAUGACUGUUCUACAUAACACAUUUCUAUCAACGCUCUCUAAAGUUGAGGCCUCCUCAAUAAAGCUUCAGGUGUACGUGAUUUUGCCUGCACAAAGGCAACCAAUGGUACGUAAAUGACAAUCAACUUCACAUUCCUCAGCACCUGUAUAAUUAAUCAGGUCUGGACAAUAAUCAAGCUGAUUGCUGAAGGGGUGGGGUCUAUGUCAGACAUUGUGGCUAUAAAAUGGUUUGACAGACUCUGUGAACGUAUUGACAAGAAUAACUAAUAUCUAAUUGCAGUGAUGGGGUUCAGGCAGGUGUCUGCAGUGCUUCUUUUGGUCAUGGCUUUUGGCUGUGUUGUUAGUGAUGCUUGGGACUCCAGAUGGUUUUAUCCGAGAUCGGGGUUUCUGCAUGACGAUCAAGUCCCAGCCCAGUUUGACUCUCAGAAGCCAGUGCAGGAAGAGCCUGUGGGAGAAGACCCUGUUGAGGCUGUUGUUGAGCCAGUGGGACAAGAACCUAGUGAGCCAGUGGGACAAGAACCUAGUGAGCCAGUGGGACAAGAACCUAGUGAGCCAGUGGGACAAGAACCUAGUGAGCCAGUGGGACAAGAACCUAGUGAGCCAGUGGGACAAGAACCUAGUGAGCCAGUGGGACAAGAACCGAGUGAGCCAGUGGGACAAGAACCUAGUGAGCCAGUGGGACAGGAACCUAAUGAGCCAGUGGGACAGGAACCUAGUGAGCCAGUGGGACAGGAACCUAGUGAGCCAGUGGGACAGGAACCUAGCGGCGAGCCAGUGGGACAGGAACCUAGCGGCGAGCCAGUGGGACAGGAACCUAGCGGCGAGCCAGUGGGACAGGAACCUAGUGAGCCAGUGGGACAAGAACCUAGUGAGCCAGUGGGACAGGAACCUAGUGAGCCAGUGGGACAGGAACCUAGUGAGCCAGUGGGACAGGAACCUAGUGAGCCAGUGGGACAGGAACCUAGUGAGCCAGUGGGACAGGAACCUAGUGGCGAGCCAGUGGGACAGGAACCUAGUGGCGAGCCAGUGGGACAGGAACCUAGCGGCGAGCCAGUGGGACAGGAACCUAGCGGCGAGCCAGUGGGACAGGAACCUAGCGGCGAGCCAGUGGGACAGGAACCUAGCGGCGAGCCAGUGGGACAGGAACCUAGCCAGGAUGAGGACCCUGAGAGCUUCCAGUCCAUGCAGACCUUUGAGAACCCUCUGA